AUGAUGAUCAGCUCCGAGGGCCUGAGGCCGUCUUCCAACGGCCGCAAGCCGCUGGGGAAGCUGGCGUCGCGGCUGGAGGAGGUGAAGAACCCGUGGAGACAGGGAUCCACGCUGGAGCUGAGCCAUAACGAGGCUGCGCGUCUGGCCACGGACGCGCUGCUGGAGCACGGGGAGCAGGAGUAUCUGCGGGUGCUCAGCGAGGAGCGGGAGGUGACGUUCCUGUCACCGCUGGACAUCCGCUACAUCACCAAACAUGCGGCCAAAGCCUGUUCGGACUCAAACGGCGUCGGUCCUAACGACCGGGACUUUGGAGAUGGAGACGCUGUGUCCGAGCUCACCUCCGGGACCUACUUCCCCAUGAUGUCCGAUGAUGAGCCGCCGAUGCUGGAGCUGGGCUGGCCCGAGCCGCCGUCGCGUUACGGACCGUCAGAGACGCAAAUCUACUUCCAGAGGGACAAGUCUCACAAUGUGAAGGACCUGAUCCGGUCCCUCAUUAACAAAGCGAAGAAGGUUAUCGCCGUGGUGAUGGACGUCUUUACGGAUGUAGAUCUGAUGUGUGACCUCAUGGAGGCGUCCAACAAACGCAAAGUCCCCGUCUACAUCCUGUUGGACGAGAAGAACCUGAGCUCCUUCACCGACAUGUGCUCCGCGCUGGACAUCCAGAACUCUCACCUCACUCACAUGAGGAUCCGUCACGUCUGUGGAGACACAUAUUGCACCAAAAGUGGAAAAAAGUUCACUGGUCAAGUCCUGGAGAAGUUCAUGAUCAUCGACUGUGAGGAGGUCAUCGCUGGCUCCUACAGCUUCACCUGGCUGUCAGCCCAUGUGCACAGUAACAUGGUGAUGCAUUUCUCCGGUAGAAUCACAGACAGCUUUGACCGAGAGUUUCGCUGUCUGUACGCCGACUCUCAGGUCAUCGACUGCUUCUUCAACCCUGAGGACGAGGGGGUGCCCUUCUACCCCUCAUACCAGGGCAUGGGCCUCAACAUGGGCCUCAACAUGGGCCUCAACGUGGGGCUCGACCUGCUCGCUGACGGUCGACAAAGAGACAGAGUUUCGUCGGAGAACUCAAGCAGCCAAUCCAGUAACAGCGUGUCGAGCGUGAAGGCGGCUCCAGGAAUGGCCACAAACAACAUCUACAAAGUCACACAGAGUCACGACAAAAAGGAGUCUAACAGCAACACUCACAUGAGCCCAGAGCGGAGAGGACAGACCCCGACCAACCAGAACCCCAGCCCCGCCUCACGUGUCAACGGUGCAGCCAAUCACGGCGCUGCUCCUGAGAGACCCUAUCACCCAAUGGGCAUUGAGUGGAGCCGGACCAGCCCAGUAGACAUGAUGCGCUCUAACAUCACUGGAGCUUCUUCCAAAUUCCAGGCCCUGGGUUUGUACGAGCACAAGCCUACUCUGUUCCACACCAGUGCGUACCCCAACACUAACCCCCCCUCCAAGACUCCCACCCCCGCCCCCCUCCCGGACCCCAAGCUCGGCUCCAAACAGCGCAGUUCAUCCAACCAGUUCCUGAACAAACUGUCGGACCUGUUCCUGCCGCCGUCCAGCAAAGACAAAGACGGCUACAGCUACAGCCGCAGGUCGCCCUCCCCACUGGCUGCCUCUCCCUGGGGGGGGCCUGACCUGUCCCAAUCUGAGCCUGAGAGCCAGCAGAGCCCGCCACCCCCUCCCUCACCGGGGGUGCUCAUGAACCGCCAGGACCAGAAACGCAUGACUCUGGGCCACAGCAAACUGGAUCUAGUCAAUCAGUACAACAAGAUGAAGUCCAAGAACGUGUACAGUCGCUUCGAGCUCAAGAGCAGCAAUUGA